CCUAUAUUCGCAUCGUACGAUUCACAAGCCGGUUUUCAUUUGGCCAUCAUAUCAGCUCCACACGAGAGCUAGUCAGUACGGUAAGAAAAGUGUAAUCGCAAAGAUGUUGUCGCGGAGUGUGAUUUUUUUCAGAAGAUGUCAACCACAGUCUUCUGUGCAACGAAUAUCCCAGCAAAAAAGAUUUCUUCUGACUACCAGAGCGCUCAGCUCAUACAGCUCAGGCAAUUUUGAGGACAAAUCUUCGCCCGGGAAUCAAAACCCACUAGCCACGGCCGUCACUUUAAUUGGUGGCUCUCUGCUCACCUACCUCAUAGUUGAAAAAUUAAAAGAUGACUCAGCGAAAGUGUACGCCAAAUCUGUUGGCCCUGCGGCUGUCGAUGUUCGUAAGGCGCACAGCGAACUACGCAAAGAUCUACCGGUUUAUACGUUGGACGAGAUAACGAAGCACAACUCGCCCCAGACCGGUAUCUGGGUAACGUACGGGAUCGGAGUCUACGACAUCACCUCGUUCGUGCCAAAACAUCCGGGCAGCGAUAAAGUUAUGCUGGCGGCCGGAAGCGCGAUUGAUCCAUUCUGGCACAUCUAUCAGCAGCACAACACCGCUGAAGUGCUAACGCUGCUGGAAUCGUUUCGCAUUGGGAACCUGAAAGAGGACGACGUCACUAGCACCAAGGACCAGGGCAACCCGUGGGCGGCGGAACCAAAGCGUCAUCCAAUUCUGAAAGCGGCUACCGAAAGGCCGUUCAAUGCAGAACCACCGGCCUCGGUUCUAGUCGACAGUUUCCUGACGCCGAACGAAUUUUUCUAUGUGCGGAAUCAUUUGCCGGUACCGGAAGUCGACAUCAAAGAAUAUGAGCUGGAAAUUGAUGUUGAACUUGGCAAAGGCAAAGGGAAAAGCAAGGUGUUGAAGUUGGAUGAUCUCAAGAAAUAUCCUAAACAUACGGUCACAGCAACGAUUAUGUGCGGUGGCAAUCGCCGGGGAGAAAUGAUGGACAUCAAACCGAUCAAAGGACUGCCGUGGGGUCCCAGUGCGGUCGGAAAUGCGGAAUGGACAGGAGUUCGCUUGGUGGAUGUACUUAAAGCAAUGGGAGUAGAGUCGGACGAAACGAGUCAUGUUCAGUUCGAAGGCCUGGAUACAGAUCCCACAAGCACGCCGUACGGAGCUUCGAUUCCAUUGGCAAAGGCAAUGGAUCCGCGAGGUGAUGUGAUACUGGCAUACGAAAUGAACGGCCAACCCUUGAGUCGGGACCAUGGCUAUCCGGUGAGGGUUAUCGUUCCUGGUGUGGUUGGGUCGCGGAACGUCAAAUGGCUAGGAAGAAUUGUUGUCUCGCCUAAAGAAUCUGAUUCACACUGGCAACAAAAUGAUUACAAAUCUUUUAGCCCGAGUACCGAUUGGGACACGGUCGAUUUUAAGAAAGCACCCGCUAUCCAAAACAUGCCAGUAACAUCGGCCAUUUGCUCACCAGCCAAUGGUGAUCAGGUAAAGGCGGACAAUGGUUUUAUCACUAUCAAAGGUUACGCGUGGUCUGGCGGCGGCCAGGAAGUCAUCCGGGUGGAUAUUUCGACCGAUGGCGGCAAAACGUGGCAGGUGGCCGAUUUGAACGAGGUUGAGAAAAACACGGGCCGAGGACGACACUGGUCGUGGUCUCUGUGGACGGCCAGAAUCCCUGCCAAGCCGGGACAAAAGCUGGAAGUGUGGGCCAAAGCCGUGGACGAUAACUACAACGUGCAACCGGAAACGUUCAAGAACAUUUGGAAUUUGAGAGGCGUCGUUGGUAAUGCUUACAGUCGUAUUAGGGUGAAUGUAAAAUAACCAAUAAACAUUUUUUAAACCUUUUGAA